AACCAGCAUGACACCAACGAGUCCACCAAUGACCACCGCUUCUGCUUCGUCAAGUAGUGUGACAUCUAUAACUCCCACAAGCAGUUCCAGUCUCCUUUCUACCCCCGAGCAAACAUCCCCCUCUGGCCCAGAGACCACGAAGCCCUCCAGCUCUUCCCCAGAGAGCUCCUCAAUUAGUACUAGUACUACAAUUACCACCACUCACCUUCCAACGACCAAGAAAUACUUAACUACUUCUGCACAAACCUCCACGUUGGAAACCAGUACAACAGCAACAGCCACUUCUCCCCCAGAGACCACAAUGACCUCCAGCUCUAUAGAGACUACCACCUCUUCAGAAACCACUACUCCACAUUCUAUCACCACAAAACACUUAACUACUUCUCCAGAGGCCACCACACCUGAAUCUGUCACAUCAGAAGCAGCCAGCUCUCCAGAGAGCCCAGUGUCUUCUUCAGCUUUUUCAGAGACUAGCAUGACGCCAUCGAGUUUGCCAAUGAUCACUGCUUCUGCUUCUCCAAAGAGUAGCAUGGUGACUUCUCCCCAUAUGGAAACUACAAGUACUAUUCCAGAGAGCAUAGGAGUAGCAAUUCCAGCAACCAUGUUGACGACAUCUACCACAUCAAAAACUACCACAUCUGCCCCAGAGACCUCUUCAGAAACCACUACUCCACAUUCUAUCACCACAGAACACUUAGCUACUUCUCCAGAGGCCACCACACCUUUAUCCGUCACGCCAGAAGCAGCCAGCUCUCCAAUGAGUUCAGUGCCUUCUACGGCAUCAGCAAAGACCAGACAUGACGCCAACGAGUUUGCCAAUGACCACCGCUUCUGCUUCGUCAAGUAG